AUGGGGACCAGGUCAGAUUUGAAGGUCUCUGAUGUCGAGUCGAAGGUAGGGGAGAAGAAAAAGCGGCGACUUUUUGGUCCUAGAGACGUUCCGAUAAACAUCAACUUCCCAAAUGAGAAAGGUAUACCAGAUGAUCUAUAUGAUCCGGACAUUCCAGUUGAAGAAAUUUUAAAGGACGCUCCACGAUUACUGAAAAAGCAGGCUGAGCUGCUCAAAGAAGAGCUGUCUUCGACUGAAAUUACAUUCGAAAAGAAGGAACUAGUCGAAGACAUGGUUGGUGUGCGGCACAAUGAAGCACGAGUCGAGUGGAGAUUUGACACCCCAGAAGCAUUGUCGAAGUGGAAUACGGGAUGCGAUUCUGAUUGGAAGGAAGGAUACUCAACAGUUCAGUUCGUCCCUACUGACAACAAUACCGCACUUUUCAAAGGCCAAGAUUUUGUAACAGAAUGUGAAAGAGACGCGAGUAGAUGCGAGCUGGCUUGUGCAAGCAUCUCUCUUGGAAUCGUGUUGAUGGAUCGCAUAGACGGCGAAUUUCAAUUGGAAUUGGACUAUAUCGGCGUUUACAACGACCAAACGCACUUUGAAAAAUUUGCUUACGAAACUUAUACGUUACCUAUAUGGAACACACACGGGUUCUAG